AUGAGUUUAAACAAAUUCAUCGGUGGCGUGGAGCUGGCGGAGUGCAUCAAAAACCCGCAGUACCGGGACGCAGACGGCGGUCCAGCAGCGGCGGACCCCGGGGAGAGGCGGGACUCCACGGCGGUGAAGCUGGACGCGGAGCCGGCCUCCGAGGAGUACACGCAGGUUAAACCGUACGCCGGGAUGCCCAAGGAGGUGCUGCUGCUGUACUCCUCCCGAGCUCGGUACCGAGUGCCCAGAGAGGUUCUGUUCUGGCUGACGGUGUGCUGCACCCUGGCGCUGCUGGCGGUCACCGCCACCAUCAUCGCGCUGUCGCCGCCGUGCCUGAGCUGGUGGCAGGUGUCCCCGGUGUACCAGGUCUACCCCCGCUCCUUCAAGGACUCCGACGGGGAUGGAGUGGGAGACCUCCGAGGGAUUACAGAGAAGCUGGACCACUUCCUGCACCUGAACAUCAAGUCAGUGUGGAUCAGUCCGUUCUACCGCUCUCCCAUGAAGGACUUCGGCUACGAUGUGGAGGACUUCCAGGAUGUCGACCCACUGUUUGGAACCAUGAAGGACUUUGAAGAGCUUUUGACUGCAAUGCACAACAAAGGUUUGAAGCUAAUCAUGGACUUCAUUCCUAAUCACACCAGUGAUCGUCACCGUUGGUUCAACUGGAGCCGGACUAGAGACCCUCAGUACGAGGAUUACUACGUCUGGACUGACUGCAACGAAACGCAUCCAAAGCCGAAUAAUUGGGUGAGUGUGUUUGGAAACUCAUCAUGGACUUAUGAUGAAGUGAGAGGACAAUGCUACUUGCAUCAGUUCCUCAAAGAGCAACCGGACCUGAACCUAAGGAACUCGCACGUUCGCAAAGAGAUCAUUGAUAUUAUUCGUUUCUGGCUGGCGAAGGGAGUAGACGGGUUUCGGAUGGAUGCAGUGAAGCACAUCCUGGAAGCAACACACCUGAGAGACGAGCCACAGGUGGAUCCAAACAAACCUCCAGAGUUGGUAACUACAGAGUGGGACCUGUAUCAUGAUUACACAACAAGUCAGGUGGGCUUACAUGACCUGCUGAGAGAGUUUAGAGCAGAGAUGGACACCUACAGCCACGAGCCUGGCAAAUACAGAUUCAUGGUGACAGAGUCAUACGAUUACCAGGACGUGGAGAAGACCAUGAUGUACUAUGGUACUCCCCUGAUAACAGAAAGUGACUUCCCCUUCAACUUUUACCUUCUGGACCUGCCUCACAAUACCAGCGGCUGGUGGGCUAAACAUCUGGUCGACCUCUGGAUGGCCAACAUGCCUCAAGGAAAAUGGCCCAACUGGGUGGUUGGGAAUCACGACAGGUCAAGAAUUGGGUCCAGUGCUGGCCAGAUCUAUGUUAAAGCCAUUAACAUGAUGCUACUGACCCUCCCUGGCACACCCACAACCUAUUACGGUGAAGAGAUUGGCAUGGAGAACAUUAAUGUCACACAAAGUCAGAUACAAGAUCCUGCUGGCAAAUACAACGUGAGUGCCAGUCGGGACCCUGAGCGGUCUCCAAUGCAGUGGAAUAGUGACAUGAAUGCAGGCUUCAACAACAAAACCAACACCACCUGGUUACCCAUACAUCCCAAUUAUAAAACUGUCAAUGUGGAGGUCCAGAUGGAGGAUAAAGGUUCUGUAUUAUCCCAGUACCGUUUUCUGAACAGCCUACAUCAGUCAGAGCUCCCCUUUCAGAGAGGAUGGUUCUGUUACAUCUUCGCUGACGCCAAUGUAUUUUCUUACCUCAGGGAGCUUGAUGGACACAAACAAGCUUACCUGAUGGUGAUCAACUUUGGUAAAGAAUCUGCCACCACAGAUUUAUCCUCCGUUCAGGAGUUACCCAACAAGCUGAAAGUGCUAAUGAGCACAAAGCCAGUCAACGACGGAAAAGUCUUUCAGAAGUCUGGCAUCCUGACAGACCCAGGAGAGGGUUUGAUGAUUCAGUACUCAACCUACACCCGGUUUCAUUUCAACCAUCCUGCAGAGUGCUACGUCUCGGAGAAGGCCUGCUAUUUGGAGACCAUUGGCAUACUUUAUAAAUGUUGAUGUAAAUAAUAAAAAAAAAAUGCAAAUAUUAAAAUUUUACAGUUAAAAAAUGAUGAGACC